GCUCGCGCGGCAACGGCGGCCAUGGCGGCAGAGGAGGUGGAGGUGGGCUCUGCGGACGCUAGUGAGAAGUCAGGAUGGCUAACUGGUUGGCUUCCCACGUGGUGCCCUACGUCAACAUCACACCUUAAAGAAGCUGAAGAGAAAUUUUUAAAAUGUGUCCCCUGCACAUACAAAAAAGGACCUGUUCGUAUAUCUAAUGGAAAUAAAAUAUGGACACUGAAGCUUUCUCAUAAUAUUUCAAAUAAGACUCCACUUGUCCUCCUCCAUGGUUUUGGAGGAGGUCUUGGACUCUGGGCACUGAAUUUUGGAGAUCUUUGCACCAAUAGACCUGUCUAUGCUUUUGACCUGCUGGGCUUUGGACGAAGUAGUAGACCCAGAUUUGACAAUGAUGCAGAAGAAGUAGAGAAUCAGUUUGUGGAAUCCAUUGGAGAGUGGAGAUGUGCAUUAGGAUUGGACAAAAUGAUUUUGCUUGGACACAACCUGGGUGGGUUCCUGGCUGCUGCUUACUCACUGAAGUACCCAUCAAGCAGGGUUAGUCAUCUCAUUUUAGUGGAGCCUUGGGGUUUUCCUGAGCGACCAGACCUUGCUGAUGAAGAGAGACCAAUUCCAAUUCGGAUCAGAGCCUUGGGAGCGGCAUUGACUCCCUUUAACCCUUCAGCCAGCCUCAGGAUUGCAGGACCCUUUGGUUUAAGUCUAGUACAGUGUUUAAGGUCUGAUUUCAAACGGAAGUAUUCUUCAAUGUUUGCAGAUGAUACUGUGACAGAAUACAUUUACCACUGUAAUGUCCAGACUCCCAGUGGUGAGACUGCAUUCAGAAAUAUGACUGUCCCUUAUGGAUGGGCAAAAAGACCAAUGCUGCAGCGAAUUGGUAAAAUGCACCCUGACAUUCCAGUUUCAGUGAUCUAUGGCGCCCGAUCCUGCAUAGAUGGCAAUUCUGGCACCAGCAUCCAGUCAUUACGACCACAUUCAUAUGUGAAGACAAUAGCCGUUCUUGGAGCAGGGCAUUAUGUGUAUGCAGAUCAACCAGAAGACUUUAACCAGAAAGUGAAGGAGAUCUGUGACACUGUGGACUGAGCACACUGCAGAUGACGUGGGAAAUGCACAUGGCUAAUACAGUUCCUCAGCAAUAAUUUGCAGUCUGCGAUGCAGAGUAAGGAAUCUCACAUGAGAACCAGGCAGUCUUCUUGACUGUACUUUCCCCAUGUUUUCUUUAUGAAGCUGCUAGCACAUUUAAACCAGUUAGUGCCUUCUAGAAGAAUGACUUUCCUUUCUCCAAAAUCAAAAUAUACAAGAGUCUCCAAAUCUAGUGGCUUUAAUAAAAGGUUAUUUGUCCCUCUGCUGUA